ACUUUGGAUCCCGCUGCGUUUCUCUGAACUCAUUCGAGAGUGCGCAGAAGAAGCGUUUGUACAGCAUAUCUACAGUAAGUCAGCUGGAAGUUCUUCAUGGACAUUAACCGCCUGACCUGGAGAUUACAAGGGAAUUACCUUCAGGUGCAACAUUUAAAGAAUUAACUUCAGUACUGAAAGCGUGUGAGCAGCUGCUGCUCCCCAUGGCCGUGUCAAAGUCUAAAAUAGCAGUAGGACUGGCAGUUGUCGGACUUUUAGGAGUUGUUUUGGGGACUGUUCUAGUGUUUGUUGGACCAAUUAUUAUCGACGAUCAAAUAAUAAAGAAUGUAGAAAUCAACCCCAACAAUAAUCUCUCCUACACUAUGUGGAAAGACAUCCCUGUACCAUUCUUCAUGUCCAUAUAUAUAUUUAAUGUUCUGAACCCUGAGGAGAUACUGGCAGGAGAGAAGCCCAUGGUGGAGCAAAGAGGGCCGUAUGUGUACAGUGAAAAUCGUUGGAAAGACAAUAUCACUUUCCAUGACAACAAAACAGUAUCUUAUUAUGAAUAUCGGCAGUAUUUCUUUGAGGAGAGCAUGUCUGUAGGCAAUGAAUCAGAUGUGGUCACCAUCCCAAACAUGCUGGUUCUGGCAGCAUCAGUGAUGUUGGAGAACUUGCCCCUGCCAGUGCUGCAAUUAAUCAGUUUAACCUUCAGUUCUUUUAAGGAGGGUCCUUUCGUGACGAAAACUGUAGGAGAGAUUUUGUGGGGCUACGACAGCAAGUUGUUAGACUUUCUUAACAACAUGUUCCCAAGCAUGAUGCCAUUUAAAGGGAAGUUUGGACUAUUUGUGGAGUUUAACAACUCCAACACUGGGAUGUUUACUGUCUUCACGGGUCAGGAUGACAUCAGCAUAGUUCACAAAGUAGAUUCCUGGAAUGGUUUGAAAAAAGUUGACUAUUGGAAAUCAGAGCAAUGUAACAUGAUCAAUGGUACAGCAGGGCAGAUGUGGCCACCGUUCAUGACUACAGAAUCAACUCUGCCAUUUUUCAGUCCAGAUGCCUGCAGGUCAAUGGAGCUGGUGUAUGAGAGACCAGGAACUAUGCGAGGAAUCCCUGUGUAUCAUUUUGUGGCUCCAAAAACACUGUUUGCCAAUGGCUCAGAUUAUCCUCCAAAUGAAGGUUUCUGUCCAUGCAGACAGUCAGGUCUUCUUGAUGUUCGCAGUUGCAGGCACAACUCCCCUAUGUUCAUUUCCCAUCCACAUUUCUACAAUGCUGAUCCUGCCCUUUUGCAGACUGUCAAUGGACUUAGCCCCAACGAGCAUGACCAUGGACUUUUCAUUGACAUACAUCCAGAGACUGGAAUACCUAUGAAUGUGUCAAUCAAGCUGCAACUUAACCUGUUAAUGAAGAAGGUAUCAGGAAUAAAACAAACUGGUAAAAUAGCUGAAGUAGUGAUGCCUAUCAUUUGGUUUGGUGAGAGUGGUUACAUUGAUGGCCCUAUACUUAACACGUUUCGUAUGAAUCUUGUAAUUUUACCUAUGGUGAUGGAGUAUAUGCAGUACAUCUUCAUCGCACUUGGACUGGGCUGUAUCGUAGGAGCAGUGGCACUGCAGCUUAGUAAAAAGGGAAGCAAAAAAUUCAUUAAUCUUGACCCAACUUACACCGAAAAAAAUUCUGUAAGAGAUUCAGAUACAAAGUAGGACUUUCUAGGCCUGCACACAUCCCUGAUCUCAGGACAAUGGUAAAACUCAUUUGGUACAAAACAUCGCCUAUUACAGCGAGUCCUCUGCUUUUACAGGACUGAAUUUCUUCUGUGCUAAAUCUAUGAUGCACAAGGAAUUGAUGGCGGUGUUUUUAUUUGUCUGAUCUCAUAAAAGAGUCAAAAAACUUGUCAAAGAAACUGAGUUUUAAACAUUGUGUACUACUUUAAUUUUUAUGGUAGGCUGUGUCUGUAUGUCUGUGUUUAGACGUUUAAGUAAUGUAUAUUUAGUGGGAAGCACUCUUCUUUAUUCUGGGAUUACCUGGGUGGGAUGCACUUAUUCCAUUUUGUCAAUUUAAUUAUCCAGGUCUGCAAAUUGUUUUAUAGAUUUUUCUAGCCAUAUUUUCCUUAAAAGCCAUAUAUAACUUUGCACUUCAAUUUAAAGUAGAUUUACGAAAGGGCUCUAUGUAUAUCGACUAAAUGCAACGGGGGAAGAGAGGACAAAAAAAUAAUGCUUAGAUUUAAUUUGAAUGCCUUUUAGCUUUGAAUAUAGUGUGCAAUAUGUACUGUAUACUGUAUGUGUAUGGAUACAGUUUGUGGUGGCCAAUUCAUGAAUUAAAAUUAUUCCUUAUGCUCUCAAAACCACUCUCUCACAAUUUGAGCCCUGGUAUAACUGGGAUACUGUGGUCAUUUGGUACAUCCAGGUAGUCGGGUUACUUCAUUCUAUUGACACAUACCUUUGCUGAGCUCGAGCAACUGAAGCAACAUCAGACCUCAGAUCAUAACACUGCCUGCAGAUGCUUAUACAGUUGGCACUAUGCAGCAUGGGUACAUCGUUUCAUGCGUUUCACUUCUUACCCCGACACUCCCAUAGCUGUGAAAUAAUAGGCUACACCUGGACGCAUCAGACCAGAUCCAUCUCUUAUUGCUCCAGAGUUCAAUAUUUACACUUCCUAACAAAUGUAGGAUUUUUUAAUUAUUAGCUUUACUACGCUUACUUUUAAUAUUAAACAUAGCUGUAGUGUCUGAAUUUUUGACCUAUGCAAACUAUGCAAAGCAUUAAAGUGAUCUCCUUUCAUGAUUUUUUUUUUUACCAUUUCUUCCACAAAGUUGACACUUCAGCACAAUCCUUACGGUUUUUAAUAAUGCAUUGGACAGUUCAUCACGCAAUUUCAGUAAUUUGGAAAAGAAACUGAGUUAAGUUUAAUUUAUUUUUUUUCUUUUAUAAGACAAAGAAGGGAGCAAAGAGGAAGGAUACAGAAGAAGAAGAAAAAGCAAGGGAGGUGAGCAAGAAGGAAAAACGGCAGAACGUAAAAAAAAGGACAAG